GAAAAUAUAAAUAAAUUAAGAAUUCUGGCUUUAAAUUGAAUUGCAACGAAUAUAUUAUCAGCGAAUUGCAUACAGGGCUGGCGACGUUGCAAUACUUUACAACACUACACCAGGGCUACAGGUUGGCUUGUGUAUUUUGGAGUAGUGGUAAAUUUUUACAAGCACAACUAUUUUUAUGCGGUUUUUAAUGUAAAUAAACCAAAGUAAAUUUAGUCAAAGAAUUUGUAAAGUAUCACUCGACGUUUUUUCAAACUGCACUAAACAACUGUGUUUGGGAAAAUCGGAAAAUACAUUAGCAAACAGGCCAAUCAAACGAAUUUCAAUUUUUAGUAUAGAGUAGGAAAGUUACACAAAAUUGAAUUAGCAACGAACGAACGAACAUUUUAUUUAUCAAACCCAGUUUGACCACCGACAAAUAAAGAACACAUAUAUUAAAAAAAAAAUAUGGAGGCCCCACCAAUGUUCAACAGCGUCGAGGAUGAGUGCAGAUAUUGGAAAGAGCGUUCCAAACAGUAUCACAAAGAAUGGACAGAUGUGAAACAGGAAUACGAUGAAUAUGUUGAACAGUCUAGGGAAAUGGAAGCCGAAAUGGACGCAACUCUGGAGCAAAAACAGAGUCUAAUCAAAGAUCUCAGAGCCAAGCUUAAUAUGUUAGAACAAGAAAAUGAUUCACUCAAGCUCAAGUUGGAUACACAAGGCAUCGAAAUGUCCAAUCUGGAUAAACAGCUAGAGACGGUGAAGAAAGAGCGCGACUCCAUGAAAGAUUAUCUGCGACAAUUGGAGCAGAAGAACGAUGAUCUGGAGCGUGCACAUCGCAUACUCAACGAGAGCAUAGUAGACUUUGAAAAGAUGUUGGACAAAGCCUAUGAAAAGAAUGCGCUCCUUGAGAUGGAAGUGGACGAAAAGGAAAUGCUGCAGGAGAAGCUGCAGCGAUUAAUGGACGAGACCCGCGAUCUAAAGCAGGAACUCAAUGUCAAGUCACGCUAUACGCCAGCGAAUGGUACAAACACAACAACAGCAUCGGCUGGCAAUAGCUCAAUGAACUCCUCGACAUCGCUGCCCAAUGGGAUUGUGGCCAAUGGUGAUAUAAUGCUGCAACAUGACAACAAUGUCACAAAUGCCACAACGAAGGCGACAAGCAUCAGCGUCAGUGCGCUGAACGGCAGUUUAGCAAAUCGAAACGAAUAUAAUCAGCAGCAGCAUUCGCUUAAAAAUCCCGAGAACCUUAUCAAUGGCAAUGCCAUGAAUGCCAGCUCCCGCACCACGGCGCUCAACAUUGUGGCCGACAUGUUAAGAAAACUGAACUGGGACAAGGCCUUGUUAUGUCCUGAGUGUCAAAAGUUUCGUUGCAUUUGCGAGCGUCCCGCGUUGUUGCCGGGCAGCAGCGAGUCAAGUUUGUUUCGUCGCGCCUUUGGUGGCAGUGUCACUAGCUCCACUUGCAACACUAGCUCUACUUGCAACACAGAGGCAACAAUGCUAAGCGGCGAAGGCAGCUGGACACCAGACUGCAAUAAUGCUGCGGCACAGUCGCGUCGCAUCAGCUUGACUAGCACAAAUAUUUUCAAGCGCUUUGCGGAACGCAUGCGCAGCAUUCACGACAUUUCCGAGCCUCAGCCUGAGCCGCCGGCGCUGUGACACCCUGUGACACACACACCCUGUAACACCCGCACACACCCUGUGACACCCACACACACACAUUU